CUCACAAACCCCCGUGUUGUUAGAGUGACUCUGGGUGUUUGCCAGGGCCUGUGUGUCCUCGUCUGCCUCCUCCUAUCUGCUUCAGCUGUCGGUGCUGAGAGGUGGGUGGUGUCCAGUUGGGAACGCGAGCCCGACUGGCUUCAACCCGAACCCUGCACCACAUUUGGUCAAACCGCUCAUCAUCCUGUUGUGGGCCCACACUGCAGCGGAGGUAAGCAGCCGAGCUUCCAUCUAUCCACGGGUCAGACACUUCGCCAUAGAAGGUGCCAGCACACCUCGUACCUUCCACCAGAUGGAGUGUUUACAUAUGAACAACUGAAGAUAAGCUCUUCAUUGCUGAAAGAGGGCAAAGUGCGGUGACUCCUCCACGCCACGUAAAUGAAUGCAGACGAAUAAAUAUUCUCAAAAAUGGUCUUCUCCUCCAUGCUUUCCAUACAAUAAUCUUUUAUUUCUCCCAAUUAUUAGGAAAUGUGCUAUUUAGAUUUGAUCAAAGUGAUGGCUACUUUUUGAGGCAAACUGUUGUUCAUUUUUACAUUUAUAAAAUACUGGGGAAAAAAAUUAUUUUUAGGAAAUAUUCCGUGAUGCAUACAGAACGAGCAAAUUAAAGGAGAAGCUCCUGCCAGCCCAGUCGGGACCGGUAGGAGGUUUAGGUUUUUGAAGUCAGUUGAUCAAGGUCGAUCCUACCUAGAAUUCUUUUCUCACUGUAUUUAUUUUCUCCGUUACAUCCAUUUGAGUCUUAAUAAGGUUUUUAAAAAUGUCUUAACUCUUAAAUCCAGACUUUCACUUGAAUACAGAAAACUCUGAGUGCUAAUGAAGAAAUAAAGUUGCCUAUUUAAUUUGUGACAGAAUUAUUAAGGACCGAAACAAACACUUUGCUGUUACUGAACAUUUUCCCAUUUCAAUCCCUGGUUUCGGAUUUUCGGAUUCCUCUCUCCGGGUUGAAAGUGGAUUUGACUUCAUAAAAGCUAAAUUGACUUUGUGGUGAUAUUGUUUUAUAUAUUCAUGUGUUUGUUGGAUUGAUUGUCCAGGCAACUAUAAAACUGCAUGGUUUCUGUACAAUACAUCAGAAUAUAAGCAUUCAUCUAUUUCUAUGCAACCGCCUUAGUCUACAUGUACUGUUUCAAAAUGCCACCCUGACACCAUAGCAGUUUUAUUAAGUCCUGUAUUUAAUGUGACAGGUAUUAAAGUGGAAUGUAUGGCCACAUUUAUGUGAGUGCAUAACUGAUCAUAAAAUGUAAAUAACAGUAAGAUAACAUAGAAAUAAAAAAUAUAUAACACUGAAGAACGAUGUGGAGACAUGAAAAAAGAUAAUCCCGUUUUGAGUUUUGAGUUGGAGAUAUUUUGAGGGUAUUUAGAGCUGCUAUUUAGGCAAGUAUGAGGAAAGAUGUAUGCAUUAAUAACAAAAAAACAGCAGCCAAAUACAUUAAUACUACAUUAUAAAAACCCUGUUAAACUGCAAAUAUAUCAUCCAUUUUCGUAGGUAUUAUUUAAAGUAUUGGGGUCAGGAAAAUGUACAUUUUUAUUAAUUAGUAUCAGUCUUAUGCACAAGAGAAAAUCUGUUUUAAUUUAAGGUGGGACCGCUUUAUAUGUUCUACCAAGUCUACGCACUGAAUUAAAUGUGUAGUUUUUAUGCAAAUCGCUGUCGGUUACUAUUAUCACUUUAUCAUUAUUAUAUAUAUAUAUUUAAGUUAUGAUAUAUUAUGCCAUUAUUCUCGCCGGUAACAAACACGAUGUAUGCAUAAUACAUUCAAGAUCCUUUUAGUCACACUGGCCACUCCCACCUCGUGGUAUCGCAGCAACGGAACUCUGAGCCCUCUGCUGAUUGGUCCAUUUCCAAAAAUCCGCCAUAUUCAAACUUCCGCCGUGGUGUGUGCUCUGUUGUCACCGAUCUUCUGCUUUCUUUGUACACAUCGGGACGGUGUUCAUCCGUCUGCGCUGUCCUUUGUUCGCUUAGCCAUACAUUUAUCUCAGUAAAAACUGAUCUCGAAACGAGGGCUCCUGCUAAAUGGAAGAAAAUGAAGAAGUUCGCGGGUGGACGGUGGGAAAGAAGAAGCCUCUCCUUCGCAGGAUGUCAUCGAGGACGUCCACCACCAGUGUCAUUAGCGCCGCGGAGACUUCUCCGCAGCCACACCGGAGAAACAAACCCAAGAAACCUCCUCUGCAGAGAGGCAGCUCCUUCACCUUUCUCACUCCGGGGACUCCGUGGGACUUCAGCCUGAAGAGAAAGCGCAAAGAGAAGGAGGAUGACACAGUCAGUCUGUCCAGCUUCGACCUCAAGGAACCCAGUACCAAGCGUGUGCGACCCCUCGCUAAAGUUUCAUCGCUCGUCAACUUGAUAUCUCCUUCAAAGAAUGGAGCAGUGCGGCGCUUUGGUCAGACCAUCCAGUCAAUGUCGUCACGUGGUGACAGCAAGUCACCAGCGACGUCCCUCAAAGCUAGCAGCAAGACAGCGGGUCCCACUCCCACUAAACGCAGAAACAGCACGUUGUGGUCAGAGACACUGGACGUCCAUCAGAAGAGCACCUUCUCUACCAAGGAAAUCAAAAGACAAGAGGCCAUUUAUGAGCUUUACCGGGGAGAGCAAGAUCUCAUAGAGGAUCUCCAACUUGCACGAAAGGCAUACCACGAUCCCAUGUUAAAGCUCUCCUACAUGACCGAGGAAGAAUUGGCUCACAUAUUCGGGGACCUGUAUGCAUACAUCCCCUUGCACGAGGAUUUACUGAUGAAACUGACGGAGGGAACUGGCCCCGAUGGAACUGUAGCGCAGAUUGGACAGAUAGUUAUUGAUUGGCUGCCUGGUCUGAACGCUUACAAAGGCUAUUGUAGCAACCAGCUCGCGGCCAAAGCCCUGCUGGACCAGAAAAAGCAGGACAAGCGAGUCCAGGACUUCCUGCAGCGGUGCCUGGAGUCUCCAUUCAGUAGGAAGCUGGAUCUCUGUAGCUUCCUCGACAUCCCACGAUCACGCCUAGUGAAAUACCCACUGCUGCUGCGAGAGAUCCUCAAACACACUCCUCCUGAACACCCAGACAUCCCCAGUCUGGAGAGAGCUAUCACCAUAAUCCAGGAGAUUCUGUCUGAUAUUAAUGUGAGAAAAGGGGAGUCUGAGUGUCAGUAUUACAUAGACAAACUGGAGUAUCUGGAUGACAAGCAGCGGGAUCCUCUCAUUGAUAACUGUAAGAUUCUCCUUUGUCACGGCGAGCUGCGGAACAAAAGUGGCUCGAGGCUCCAUGUGUUCCUCUUCUCCGAGCUGUUGGUUCUGACCCGGCCGGUGACCCGGAAUGACCGGAGCUGCUUCCAGGUUUAUCGACAACCCAUCCCUAUUCGGGAUUUAUCUCUGGAGGACCUGCAGGAUGGAGAGAUCCGGAUGGGGGGCUCCUUCAGAGGGGCUUUCACCAAUGGCGAGAAAGCCAAGAACGUUUUUCGCGUGAGCUCUCUGGAUCCCUCCCAUGGCCAGUCCCACACCCUGCAUGUCAACGAUGUCUACCACAAGCAGCAGUGGCUCAACUGUCUGCGCAGUGCAAUGGCGCUACACCAGGAAGCUCCACCCAGCGCUCAGCAGGAAGGAGCCAGAAGAGCCAAGCGUCGCUCCUCCACCAUCUCAGUCACCAUCUAUGACGAGGAGCCUGAUGAGAACUGCCCGCCUGUCGCUGGCCCCAAACUCAGGCCUCAGACGCUGUCCAAAACCAGAUUGGACCAGAAGUUACAAGGCUCACUAAAGAGGAAGGAGACUGGCGUGUAGACAUUGAGCGCAGCGGCUGGUUCCUCCUAAACAGAGACGUGUGUGAAACAAGAGUCCAGUUUUGUCUCGUCUGUCAGUGAAUCCAUGCAACCACUGUUUUUUAUGCUUUUGCUUUGUCAUUGUAGCGUCACUGAAAAGGUCUCUCCAAUCGUAUCCGUCCUAAUGUAUUGUACAAAUUUGUAGCCUUGGAAAAGUGUUAUUAGUUUACAAAACAAAAAAAAAACAAUGUCUCAGUGUUACUGAAAUGUAUGUUUAUACCAGAUAAUUGUGUGUGGAAUUAUUAUUCUAUUUUAUUUACAUGUUAACAGCUUUAUACCACUUGUAGUUCUUAAAAUUGGGUUUCAACAUCUUGUGUCAACACUUAUCUUUCUGCUGCAUUGGAAAAUGUCAAUUUAUGUAAAUGUAUGAAGUUGUACGUGCUAUCGGUGCCCAGAUAAGGGAUCAAGGAACUAGGACACAGUGACGGCCGCAGCUUUCUGUGCAGCAAGCCUUUGCGGAAAAGAACUUCAGCUUUUUUUGAUAUGAGGUGCAAGAUUAUGAGCUGAACGUUUAUACGAACACUGAUCAUGAACGUGAUUAAAACGCAUCUUGGAAAAUGUAAAUGUAUUCAGAGAAAAACUGUUAAAUGGAAAAUGAUAAAGCAUUUAGUUUGUACUUUCAAUGGCUUCUGGAGUAAAACAUACUGAGAUAUUUACAUGAAAUCGGAUACAUUUCUUUCUUUUUUACCUUCAAUUAUAGGGCAGCUGCCCGUACAAAAGACACACUGUUGUAAGCGGUAGUUAGGACAUGCUGCUUUGUCAUAACAUUGCACCUCGAUCUUUGACCCUCGUGCUCAUAUAUCAACCGCUGGGGAAGGUGGGACAGAAUAACCAGAAAAGCCUGCUGCUGCGCCUCGCUGAGGAAUGUGAGCCGUCAGUUGGGCUUCCUGGUACUUUUGGCAAACUGCGUUUAGCAUGUGAUGUAUGGAGUCAUACUGACUUUGUUCUACUAAAUAGUGUGGUAGAUUGGUUUUUGGAACACAAACAUCUGCCAUUUUCUUUUACUGUUGAAAAACUUUAGUGUGUUAACUUAACCUUGACGUAU